GUCGAUAUAGCCUACAAGUAGAGCCUGCCCUAGACUUCAUAGAGUGACGAUGGGGUACUCUGACAGAUGCCAUGAUCUGACAACCUACUGGGAUAGGACCACUUUAAGAUGUGUGAACUGUCCUCUAAAGCCAGGAAGUGAAAUUACUCCUAACUGUGGAUUUGAUGAUUAUGGAGGGAGGCACGAAAUCCCCAACACAGAGUGCAAAGCCGGUCAUUUUAAUGAUGGCAGCAGGGCGUAUUGUCAAGCUUGUUCCUCAUGCCCCCCCGGCUAUGACAUUGUGAGCCCCUGCAGCUCAACUGCUGACACCCAGUGCCGAGACGCAAGAAACUGGAGGACGACCACCGAACCACCCCCAGGUGUUUCAGCUACUUUCAGCACGGCAUCAACGCCAAUCCAAGGAUCCACCUUAACACCCAAUGCAACAACUCCGCCUACUACACCACAUCCCCCCAGCCCAAGUCAUGUAUAUUGGGCAGGACCAUUAGGCCUAGCUAUCCUACUUUUCACAACGCUUGUUACUUGUCUAAUCUACAUGAAGCGGAAAAGAGGUCAACACACAAUAUGUUAUAACAGAAGAUCAUCACACAAGAGUGAAGGGUUCUCUCCCCUUUCUACUGCAACUAACAGCGAUCUGGAGUGCAUUCUUCCGCCUCACAUUCUGUCAGCGCCUUUACAGACAGUACUGGAUAACCUGGAUGUUUUGGAAGAGCUGGUGAUUUUGUUGGAUCCAGAAAGCCAUGGACGAAAGAACACCAAACAUCUGGCCUCUCAUUGCUCCUUCCCGUCCACCUGGAUCACUUACACAUACUCUAUGAAGGAUAGCAAGAGCCCUCUGAAAGCUGUGUUGGAGGGGGUCACCAGCAGGCACCCUGACUGGACAGUAGGUCACCUGGCUAAGCUGCUCAGACUUAUAGAGCGCAAUGAUGCCAUCGCUGUUCUCGCCAAACUCGGACUGAAUGACAUUGACAAGUAGCACUCAAAUUAAUCCCACUGUCUGGGGCACCCGUAGACCCCAGAGGUAUACUUUUUUUUUGUCCUAUCUCACAGGAUAGUGAAGUACUUUUGUUGAUUGUACUUAGGAUAAAAGCUGUAAUUUAAAUCAAAGUAAACAUUUUUGUUCACACAUAUGCAAAAUAACCAACACUGUUUUUGAGAAGAAAUAAAGUAACAUUUUUUUGUUUCUUACAGUGGUUUCAUCUUGGGGGUGCUCAGUGUCCCCAGUUGGUAUUAAAUGUUAUUAAACAAUGAUCCACACAUCACUUAUGGAAAGUCAAGUGAAGUGUAGGAUCCAGUGUUUUUGUAGCUGGGUCCAUACCGGAUAUCUUAGUGUCUGGUACUUUAAUUCUCACCAUUCGUUUAAUUUUGACAAGAGGAGCUGCCAGUACAAGCAUUUUUUGUGCCUGCCUUUGUGCACGUGUAUUUUAUCAAUUGUCCGCAGUGAAUCACUUCUUUUUUAUACUUGCUUCACAUUAUGACGACCUUCUCUAAUAAAAAUGAUUAAUAAAAA